CGCCCGCCCGGGGCUCUCGGGGCUCUCGGGGAGCGGGGCCGGUGCGGAGCGCGAUGGUCCCGGCGGCGCCUCCCCGCUCCUGCCUCCUGCUGACGGCCGCGCUGCUGCCGCUGCUGCCCGUACCGGCACCGGGAACGGCCCCGGGCCUCCCCGCGCUCACCGACGCCGAGAUCGAGGAGUUCCUGCGGGGCUUCCUUGGACCCGGGGACGGCGGGGAGCGGGACGGGGAGCGGGACGGGGACGGUACCGAGCUGGGUUUUGGCACCGACCUCGGCAUCGGCAUCGGCACCGGCACCGACUCCCCAGGGCCGCUGACGGAGCCUGAGAAACCCAAGAAGGGCAAGAAGGAAAAACCCCCCAAGAAGAACAAGGAGAGACCCCGGGGCCCCAAGAAGGAUAAGGAUAAGGACAAGGUCAAGGACAAGGAUCGGGGCAAAAACAAACCCCCCAAGAAAUCCAAGGAGAAGCCACCGAAAGGCUCUGAAAACCCACCAAAAGGCUCCGAAAAGACUCCAAAAGGCUCUGAAAAAAMCCCAAAAGGCUCUGAAAAAAMCCCAAAAGGCUCCAAAAAGCCCAAGGUGAAGCCACCCAAGGCCACCAAACCCUCUGGCAAGAAGCCACCAGUGCCACCAAGCCCCUNAGUGCCACCAAGCCCCUCUACUGAGCCCCCCAUUACCCUGCAGCCCCCACGGGCUGAGGAUGAUGAAGAGAAACCCAGAUUCCUGGAGCCUUCACRCUACAAGGAGGAGGAGGAGRAGGAGAACGGAGGUGUCCGAGGAGAGCUGGAAGAGCCGCUGAGCAAGCGCUGGGGGCUGGGUAGGGAGGACUGGGACCCUGAGCCCCAGCCAGAGAUCCCCGAGGAGCCGGAACCCCCGACCCUGGACUACAACGAGCAGCUGGAGCGGGAGGACUACGAGGACUUUGAGUACAUCCGGCGGCAGCAGAAGCCCCCCAAGCCCCCGAGCAGGAGGAGACCUGAGCGGGUCUGGCCCCAGCCCGAGGAGACAACCCUGGGGUGGGUGGCAUGUUCCUGGGACUGGUGUCACGUCCUUGGGGUGGGUGUCACCUCACCAACAGUGAAGCCCAAGAAAGAGGAGGAGGAGGAGGAGGAGCGCUGGGCAGAGGAGAAGGGCCAGGACGGCAAAGGAAAACCCAAAAAGCCAGGAGGGAAGAAGUGGGAUCYGGAUGAGGAGGAACGGGCCCCUCCRGCAGAGAAGAAAARGUGUCCCCCAAUCGGGCUGGAGUCCCAYCGCAUCGAGGAUGACCAGAUCCUGGCCUCCUCCAUGCUGCGGCACGGGCUGGGUGCCCAGCGCGGCCGCCUCAACAUGCAGGCGGGCACCAACGAGGAUGAUUUCUUUGACGGAGCGUGGUGCGCUGAGGACGACAGCCGGGCGCACUGGCUCGAGGUGGACACCCGCCGCAUCACCAUGUUCACCGGGGUCAUCACCCAGGGACGCGACUCCCAGAUCCACGAUGACUUUGUCACCAGCUUCUACGUGGGCUUCAGCAAUGACAGCCAGCACUGGGUGAUGUACAGCAAUGGCUACGAGGAGAUGAUGUUUUAUGGCAAUGUGGACAAGGACACGCCGGUGCUGAGCGAGUUCCCUGAGCCAAUGGUGGCCCGGUACAUCCGCAUUUACCCCCAGCGCUGGAACGGGAGCCUCUGCCUGCGCCUCGAGGUCCUGGGGUGCCCCCUCUCCGCUGUCAGCAGCUACUACACCCAGCAGAACGAGGUGACCUCCACAGACAACCUGGACUUCCGACAUCACUCCUACAAGGACAUGAGGCAGCUGAUGAAGGUGGUGAACGAGGAGUGUCCCACCAUCACCCGCAUCUACAACAUCGGCAAGAGCUCCCGGGGGCUGAAGAUCUACGCCAUGGAGAUCUCCGACAACCCGGGCGAGCACGAGACAGGUGAGCCCGAGUUCCGGUACACAGCGGGGCUGCACGGCAAUGAGGCACUGGGCCGGGAGCUGCUGCUGCUGCUGAUGCAGUUCCUGUGCAAGGAGUACCAGGAYGGCAAUCCCCGUGUGCGGGGUCUGGUCACCGACACCCGCAUCCACCUCGUCCCAUCCCUCAACCCCGAUGGCUACGAGCUGGCCCAUGAGGCGGUGAGGGGGUGGUGGGUUGGGAUGGGCCGUGAGGCAGUGGAGCUGUGGGCACAGUUCCACUCAUCCUUUUUCCUUGCCCAGAUCCAUCGGGGAAUCAAGGGCGUGGUGACRGACCAGCAGGGAGAGCCCAUUGCAAACGCCACCAUUGUGGUGGGAGGCAUCAACCACAACGUCAAGACAGCCAGUGGCGGGGACUACUGGCGCAUCCUGAACCCGGGCGAGUACCGCGUGUCGGCGCGGGCCGAGGGCUACAACCCCAGUGUCAAGACCUGCCACGUCCUCUACGACAUCGGGGCCACCCAGUGCAACUUYGUGCUGUCCCGCUCCAACUGGAAGCGCAUCCGGGAGAUCAUGGCCAUGAACGGGAACCGGCCGAUCCGCCGCGUGGUGCCCGGCCGGCCCAUGACGCCCCGAGAGCGCCUGCGCCUCCGGAUGCGGCUGCGGCACCGCAUGCGGCUGCGGGAGCAGAUGCGGCUGCGGCGCCUCAACGCCACCGUGACCACCGGCAGCCCCACGGCCCCGCCGUCCACCACAGCCCUGCCCUUCCCCUUCAGCAGCACGGCCUACACACCCUGGAGCCAGGAGCCACCCACUGCCGGCACCUGGGAGAUGGACACCGAGACAGAGGUGGUCACCGAGCUGGUGACAGAGACGGAGAGCUGGGAGUUACACACAGGGACGGCGCAGCCCCUCACCACGGCUGAAAUCUACACCGUCAAYUUUGGGGACUAAGGACACUUUGACC